UUUCGCAGGGAAAACCACAGCGAGAUCGAGCGCAGGCGGAGGAACAAGAUGACGGCCUACAUCACGGAGCUGUCGGACAUGGUGCCCACCUGCAGCGCCCUGGCCCGCAAACCCGACAAGCUCACCAUCCUGCGCAUGGCUGUGUCCCACAUGAAGUCCCUGCGUGGCAGGGAGGGAACAACUUCAAGGUCCAACAGGGAACUCAAACACCUGAUCCUAGAGGCAGCCGACGGCUUUCUCUUCAUAGUGUCCUGUGAGACCGGGAGGGUGGUCUACGUCUCGGAUUCGGUGACUCCCGUCCUCAACCAGCCCCAGUCGGAGUGGUUUGGCAGCACCCUCUACGACCAGGUCCACCCCGACGACGUGGGCAAGCUGAGGGAGCAGCUCUCCACCUCCGAGAACGCCCUGACAGGUCGCAUCCUGGAUUUGAAGACGGGGACGGUGAAGAAGGAGGGGCAGCAGUCCAUGAGGAUGUGCAUGGGCUCACGGAGAUCCUUCAUCUGCAGAAUGAGGUGUGGCAACAGCUCCGUGGACCCCGUCUCCGUAAAUCGUCUCAGCUUCAUGAGGAAUCGCUGCAGGAAUGGCUUGGGUGCUGCAAAGGAUGGUGAACCUCACUACGUUGUGGUGCAUUGCACGGGUUACAUCAAGGCCUGGCCCCCAGCAGGUGUUUCACUGCCUGAUGAUGACCCAGACGCUGGCCAGGGCAGCAAGUUUUGCCUCGUGGCUAUCGGCAGGCUCCAGGUCACGAGCUCGCCCAACUGCACGGACAUGAACAGUGUUUGUCAGCCCACGGAGUUCAUCUCCCGCCACAACACCGAGGGCAUCUUCACCUUCAUAGACCACCGCUGCGUGGCCACCGUGGGCUACCAGCCACAGGAACUUCUGGGGAAAGACAUCGUGGAUUUCUGCCACCCAGAAGACCAGCAGCUUCUGCGGGACAGCUUCCAGCAGGUGGUGAAGUUAAAAGGCCAGGUUCUGUCAGUCAUGUUCCGAUUCCGAUCCAAAAACCGGGAAUGGCUCUGGAUGAGAACCAGCUCCUUUACCUUCCAGAACCCCUACUCGGAUGAAAUUGAGUACAUCAUCUGUACCAACACCAACGUCAAGAACUCGAGCCAGGAGUCUCGGCCUGCCCUGUCAAACUCCCUGCAGAGGCCCCAGCUGGGGCAGAGUGUCAGCCUUCCCCUGGAGAUGGGCACGGCCCAGCUGCCCUCAAGGCAGCAGCAGCCGCCGCCACAACAGACGGAGCUGGAAGUCAUCCCAGGAAGAGAGAGCCUGGCUGGGUACGACCACUCGCAGGUCCCCGUUCAGGCUGGGACCGCUGCCGGCCCCGAGCACAGCAAGCCCCUGGAGAAGGCAGAGACCCUUUUUAAUCAGGAGCGGGACCCGAGGUUCAGUGAGAUCUACAGCAGCAUCAGCUCAGACCAGAGCAAAGCCCUUCCUGCCAGCACCGUGCCUGCCAACCAGCCCCUUUUUACCCAGGGAAACACCUUCACCCCAUCUCGACCUGCUGAGAACUUCAGGAGCAGCAGCAUGGUGCCUCCUGUGAACAUCAUCCAGCAGCAGCCCUCCUCGGCCGGCCGCAUCCUGGCACAGAUCUCGCGCCACUCCAACCCAGCUCAGGCCACUGGAACCAACUGGGCUGCGGGGACACGGCCGACCUUCACACCCCAGCAAGUGGCAUCCCAGACGGUGAAGACUCGGCCCCCUUCCUUCAGCAUGGGGACUUUCCAAAGCACCCCGUCCUCCUUCAGCCCCAUGGCAGCCCCUGGCUCCACGGCUUCCCCCACCGGGACGGCUUAUCCCAACCUCGCCAGCCGCGGCACGGGCUUCACCACGGAGACGGCGCAGACCCCGGCCCCCUUCCAGACACGGGCAACUGAAGGUGUGGGGAUGUGGCCACAGUGGCAAGGCCAGCACCACGGCCCGGCCUCGGGGGAGCAGCACGUGCAGCAGCCGCAGCCGAGCCAGCCCGAGGUCUUCCCAGACAUGCUGACCAUGCUGGGAGACCAAGGACCCAACUACAACAAUGAAGAGUUCCCAGAGUUGAACAUAUUCCCUUCUUUUUCAGAAUAAGAGAAAACCCUUGGUGGGGGGGGAAGCAAAUUAUAGCUCUAUAUAAUACCCACGUGUAAAGGAAAACACCUAAGUCUUUUUUCCAAAGACUGCUGAACUUUCUCAACACUUCCCACCUCCCGGAGGCGAAGCUCUGCCCGGCAGCCUGGAGGAUGGAUGGAUGGAUGGAUGGAGGAAGAUGCUGGGGUUUUGGCCUCCUCCUCCUCUUCCUCAUGGUGCUGGCUGCGGGGGGGACUGUUCUCCUGGAUCCUCCAGGACUCCUCGACCCAAGGCCUCGUGUUUCCGGAGCCGCUCGCUCGCGGUUCUCCUCCUGCACGUUGGCUUGGUGGGGAGGGAUCCCUGUCUGGGUGACAGACAGCCCCCUCCCAACUCCUGAGGUGGCUUUUACUGGUUUUUAUUUCAAUCUUCUGUACCGUGACUUUUUUUUUUUCUAUAAAACACAAAAGUAUUGUAACUUUUUAAAUAUCGGAAGAAACUCUUCCGAGCGUUAACCCUCUUAGAAAGUGAUUCUGGAGGAUGCUUGUGGAGGAAUCCUCUGUCGUGAGGCAGCUUUGCUCCUGGGAGGAAGCUCGGGGGGUUGUUACUGUGCCCCCAGACCGGGUGCUGUACACAGAGGUGUGUGUUCAGGUGCUGUUGCUCCUCUCUCUGAACUGUGCAAUGAAUCCAGGCCUCUUGUUUUCAGCGUGACCUAUCGAUUCCCACCAGGCCUGGUCCUUCCUGGAGAUGACAGGAUACUUACGAGCCAUAAAAAUAAUUAUCUGUGUAGCUUUGCUCUCCCUGUGUGGGUUCUGCAGCCCGUGUUGCCACAAACCCAUAUUCCAACGGGCUUUUUAUCAGCUUCUGGAGGGG